AUGGAGCCCCACUCCCACGGGGGCAUCGCACACACGAUGCCCAUGACUUUCUACUUCGGCUACAGGAACGUGGAGCUGCUCUUCUCGGGGCUGCUGAUCGACUCGGCUGCGGCCAUGUCCGUGGCUGUCGUGGCCGUGUUUCUGCUCGCCCUGGGCUAUGAAGGACUCAAGAGAGCCCGCGAGAGGUUCGGCGCCCAGUACUCGACUUUUCCCAGACCUGACGGAACCCUCCCCAAGGUGACACCCAGGCAGCAGGUGCUGAACGCCACUCACCUCCUACAGAUGGCGCUGCACAUGCUCCAGGUGGGCCUGAGCUACCUGCUGACGCUGACCACUAUGACCUACAACACCUACCUCGGCCUGGCCUUGCUGGCAGGGGCUGGCAUCGGCUACUGGCUCUUUGGCGGGAGGAUGGCAGAGGACGUGGAGUCCCAGACCCAUGACGUGAACAAGGUCGAGCUCCAUGAGAUUUGCAGCGGAAACUCUCCUGGCCUGCAGGAAUGA